CCCGGGUUGGUCCUGACAGGCAAGGUCGGAAACCUACCUCCUAUCCUAAAUGAUCUAAACAGGGUUGAUGGAGGUAUAAAAACAUCUCCUGGUAUAUAAAAACAACUGUAAUAUCCACUCGCGGUUGGAUUGAGGUAGAGAAGAAAGGUUGUCACCCUUUUCAAGCGAACUGCUAGAUCUGGACCGCUGGCGCCCGAAUGUAAAACCUGUCCUGAGACGAACGAGCAAUUUAUAAAAUGUCCUGUCAUAACGUUUAGACGAGGGCUUAAUCUUAAACAAAGACGAUGUGUUUAUUAGAAGAGUGGAUUGUACUGAGUAUUGAAUGCUAGUUGUUCAUUUGAAAGAAUCGGCGUAUAUUUAUUUUGAUCUAUUUUUUUUUUCUUUCAGUUCAUCAGUUGCCUCUAAAGGGACUUAAACUAAAGGAAGUUUAGUGUUCAUUCAUUCAAAUUCCGAGUGUCAAACAAGACGGAUAUUCUCAGGUAUUUACAGCAUGAACAGAAUGUGUCGGAAUGUCCACUAACUCCCAGGCCGCCUCUGACGUGAGGGCCAGGAGUGGGUCAGAAGGUCAUUCUGACAGGAGUCAGCAGCAGCAGGGGUCAGGGUCAGGGUCAGGGUCGGCGCAGCAGUACCACACAGGUCAAGGUUACGGGCAGCGUUACCAUGGCAGCAAAGCAUGGUGGAGCGUAGGCGAGUUUCUACACCAGGGCAUCACCCACCAGUCCGUGGGUCUGUCUCUGGGCCACAAUGAGGAGGAGACCUGGGACCUGAGCGACUCUCUGGCAGAUCUGUACCAGGCUGUCACUCAGCGCCAGAGGCAGGCGGCCUCCAGGAUGUUGACCAAUCACAGCCGGAGCGAGAGCAGUGGGGGCGGGGCCAGAGUGGACAGUGACAAGAAGGUGGACAUAGAGCGAUGGUUGGAUGAGGAUACGAGUCAUGGAUUCAUCCGCGUGUUUGCUUCUGAGGGAGACACCCACGCACGACUGUUCCCGUGUAAUCUCUCCACAUCCGCGCAAAAAAUAUGUCUCCAGCUGGGUAUUCCCGGUAACUCGCUUCACGUGCAGUUGAGUGGGGAUGUGAUCAGACGGAUGGAACCAUUCGACUGUCCUCUGGCAAUUCAGAACGAGUAUUUGGCUGGGCUUGGUUACUCUGACAUCCGCUAUAUCCAGGAGGAAGGUCCCAAGGAAAAUCUGACUUACCUGGUCAGAUUCUAUGCUGGCCACGGCUAAACUGCCCAGCAAAGCCGACUUGUCCAACUGCAACCUGGAGUUCCUGCCAGAAACAGUCUUCAUCAACACGGAACUGCAAAUUCUCAUCCUGAGACACAACGCGCUGCGAGAACGGCCCAUUGAGGAAGACAUCUAUACCAUAGGCUGGUUGGACGACCUCCCCCGGUUCACCAUGCUACGCAGCCUCAACCUGGCCAACAACCAACUGAGCACGUUCCCACUGUCUUUGAGCAGCAUCCGGUCUCUCAUGGAGCUCAAUCUGGCUAGCAAUAAACUGGAGGAAAUCCCUCCCCAGAUUGUUGAGUUGGUCAAUUUACAGGUUCUCCACCUCCACAACAAUAUGCUCAGCUCUCUGCCAGAGGAAAUUUGUCAAAUGCGCAGGUUGGCUGUGAUAGUUCUAGCCUUCAACCAGUUCACACAUAUCCCACCAGUCCUGCUACAGUCACAGCAUUCCUUCUUCUCGCUUGACAGCAUCAUCAUGGCGGGGAACCAGAUCUCCCGUCUCCCGGCUGACCAAUUAAUGUACAUGAGACACAUAAAGAAAAUUGACCUGAGGCUAAACAGACUCAAGCUGCUGCCAACAGAGACAGCCAAGUUCCAGAGUCUAGAACAUGUCACCCACGUGGACAUCAGGCAGAAUCAGGUGAAAGACCUCGACAUAAGGGCUAUCCGAUGUAUGGAGUACUUGAACUGUGAACGCAAUGUGAUGAGAUCCAUGCAGCUGAACGGUGCUUCCUUGAAAAAUGUUUUUGCAGCUCACAACUGUCUCCAAACGGUGUCGAUCAGUCCCAAACCAGAAUGGCUUGUGAGCAUGGAUGUUUCACAUAACCGUCUGACAGAGAUUCCCAACUGGCUCUCGGAUUGUUUCUUCUUGGUGCACCUGGAUGUGAGCCACAACUACUUGAAAGCCUUGCCUGAGAGGCUGUUUACAGAUGCUCGCAAGCUAAAGAUUGUGAAGGCAAACCACAACAGACUGACUUCUCUCCCUGAGAAAAUCCACACAGACACUCUGGAAGAGCUUCAUCUACAGCACAACCUCUUACGUCACCUGUCAGUGGAGCUGUUCGUAAAGGCUCACAGGUUGAGGUAUCUCAACAUGACACGCAACAAGCUCUCUGACCUGCCACCCCCGAACAAGAACGACUCGUACAACAAGCUGCAGGAGCUCUAUCUGUCGUUCAACCAUCUGGCCAACAGAGCCCUCCAGAAAAUCUGCUGCUUCCCAAGACUCAGGGUCUUGCAUAUGGCCAGGAACAAGUUGUCUGUGAUUGAAGAAAUGGAUAUUGAGAAGCUGGAGCAGCUGACAGAGCUGAACGUGUCCUCCAACAACUUGACUUACCUCCCUUCAGCCCUGGGCAGACACCCCAAACUACAAGUGCUCCGAGCUAACUGCAACUUACUGCGGGAGCUGCCAAACUUCAAAAACUCGUCAGGGUUGAAGGUCCUGGAAGUGAGCUCCAACCAUCUGGUCAAUGUGGACAUGAGCAAUCUGAUGGCAUCACAGGUGUCUCUGCUGGACAUCUCGGCCAACCCAAGCAUUCUGGUCAAAUCUCAUGACAUAGAAGCUGCCAAAAAUUCCAAGCGACUGUGUAUGAUGGAUAUGAGAGGGCAGAACUGGUCGCUGGAGGAUGUCCGUUCUCCGGAGGUUGCGGAAGACUGGCAGUUGUGGCAGACAGGGCUCUCACAGACGUCUGGGAUUCGCAACAAACUGUCAGUCACGGCUGUCAACAAGCCUCAGUUCAACGACAAAGGUGAGGCUCUGUUUGCAAUAUUUGAUGGAGGUCGCAACGAGACUGUCUCGGGCAUCUUGAGUGACAUCAUCCCCAACAUCCUGCGGGAGGAGAGGGUGAGGAGUAAGGCUCCAGAUGCUUACCUCAAGUACUGCAUGCUGUCAGCACACAGGAACCUCAGACAGCAAGGCCAGAAGCUAGGAGCGGCUGCUGUAAUGGCACACAUCCACUACGACGAAAAAGGCCAGCACGUCCUGUCAGUUGCCAAUGUUGGAGAUGCUCAGGUUGUCCUGUGCAGACAGAGGCGAGCACUAGUUCUAUCGAGACCGUUUGUGGUGUCCCAAGAUGAGGAGGACACUCGGAGAGUGGUCAAAUCAGGGGGAAUCAUCACCGAGGAUGGCCGUGUGUCUGGAGUGACUUACAACACCCGACUGCUGGGCUGCAGUUAUCUUUUCCCGCAUGUGGUACCAGAGCCAUACAUCACUUCAACAGUGCUCUCUCCUGAGGACACAUUCUUUAUCGUGGCCAGCCAAGGGCUGUGGCAGUACAUCACCCAUGAUGAAGCAGUGCGGGAGGUCAAGGACUGUCCCGACCCUGUUGUGGCUGCCAAACGUCUGCAAGAUUUGGCUCAAGGUUACGGGUCUCGUGAAAACAUAUCAGUGCUUGUCGUUCGCCUAAUGUUGACGGAAGCUGAGAGAGUCAGGAUCAAGGACCUCAUGAGAGUGCAGAGAAAAGGGCAGAAAGAGCUGUUGAAGGUCCUGGGUCAGAAAAGAGACAUACUGCAGCUUCGAGACGGAGUUCCUAAAGUUGCUGAGCUUGACAAUGUGGUCAUAGACAAGGCUGGCCAUGCUAAAAAGCACAGAAGCAGCCGCAAACACGUCUUGGAGUCUGCGUCCUCCGAGAACUCAGCCUUUGUCUCGGACGACACCUCCAGCACACGUUCGUCUUCUUCAACGACACUAAAGGAAACAGUUACCAACAAAGAUUCUAACGCAAUCUCUGGGAAAAAGCACUUUCAUAAACAUACAGCAGAUGACAGUACUGAAAAUAGUUUGAGACAAAUUCAAGAGGACAAACGCCUGUACAAAAAGAAAGUUCACUCUGUAAAUCAGAACAACUGGGACAGUGCUCUGAAGAGACGACUGGCAGAGGAGGUGAAGUCCAAAGAGAUGCAGUUUGAGCUUCUGGGAAAGAACGAUGGAGACAGCAGUGGGGAUGAAGAAGCUUCAAAUUCAAGUGAGGAGCAGCCAAACUGGAUUGCAAUGCGACAGAAACAGAAAGCAGAAAAGCCAGAGGAGUGGGAAGCUCUUCUGCAGCAAAGACUAACUCAAGAACUAGUGAAUCGAGAACUCAAAAAAGCUCUUGAUAGUAACGGAAAGAAUGAUGCUCAUUUUGCUGAGAGCAAAGAGAGUGAUUCUGAAAUUGAAAAGUGGGUGAAAAAAUCUAGGAAAGAUUCAGAUGGGCGUCAAAAACAAUUGAAAAUGCAAACUCACAAUGAUGAUGACUUUGAAGAGAUGGUGGAACUCAAAGAAGAGGAAAUUAUUUCUCCUGCUCAAUCUUUGGAUUCUAUCAAAAGUGAAAUUUUGCGAAUGAUGGCAAAUUCCUCCCAUUCUCACUUUUCUCCACCAACAAAGUCUCCUCAGAAUGAGAACUCUGAGGACAUUUACACGCGACAUUCCCCGUCUGGUGGUUACAAUGUGUCUCCGUGUGAGUCGGUCAGCUCCAUAGACGUACGACUACACAACGAGGCGGAUGAAAUUUAUCGCCUCCGCCACAUGUGGGGUGCAGAUACAUCUGCUGAGCAGGAGGCAACAGUUCAAAGUGACAUACAUGGCUCUGAUGUAUCUAGGUCCGGAUUUUCCAACAACGGUGAUGGGCCCAAUCAGAUACGCUUACGGCCCCUUUCUCCAGAUUCUCUCAUAUCCCAAGAUGAGUUUGUGAAGCCACCUAUCAGCACAGCUAACAUAGACCGCGAUGCCCUCUUGUUUCAUCAGAUGCAGAUGGCACGUGCGCAAGCCCAUGCAGGAAGUGUUGCCAGUCUGGACUCGAUUCAGUCAGCGCCGAUGCAUGCGUCACGACGAGAUGUGUUCCCUGAUGUGAAGGCGUCCUCACACAGCAUAGAAGUGCUGGUGAAUGUGGGAGAAGACAAAAACGCUAAAGUCACCCUUUCCAAUGGAAAACUUUCGGACUCUAUCCACGGGGGGCGAGUGGACUGGGGCAGUAGCGUCAGUGGGAAUUUGAAGAAAAGUUCUCACACCCUAACCAGUAGCAGACUGGCUAAUGCAGAUUCCGGUAGUGUCAAGGAGAAAGAGAACGGACACUUAUCACAGGAGAAGCUUCAAAGAAACGCAAGUGUAGAACUCCUGCCAGUGAAAGAGAAGGCAAAAGAGUCGGUGGAGUUGGAUUUUGUUGAUGCAGACGAUGAAGAUGACAGGGACACUCUCGUCGGUGAUGCCGAUGAUAUUGGGGUUUUGGACUUCAAGGGUAGUAAUUCUAGCAUGAAGAAAGUGAAUGGUGAGAAAGAUUAUUCUGAUCACAACAUUAAAGUGUUGUCUACCACUUUCAGUAAAGUAAAAAGAGAUACAGGAGAGAAAGAAAAUGUUGAUGAUGAAGGGUCAGACAGUGAUGAGUCCAUCGGAAAUGUUUCUUUGGAAGAUGGAUAUUCUGCGAUAGAGUUUCAGAGUUUUCAUAAACAAGGAAGUAUGAGUAUGCUCAAUGUCCUUGAGAGUGAAUCUGAAGACUAUCCUGAGCUUUUUAUGCUUAAGAAAAGGAGCUCUAGUAAAAAGAACAAGCCAACCAUUAUUGCUGUAAAGAACAAGCCCAAGAACCAAGUAUCAGAUAAAGAUGCUAAUGACAAUUACGAAAUUAUCGAGGAUAAUCACAAGCAUGUUGCUUCCAUCGAAAAGAAUGAAGAAGAAGCUUCUGAAGAGGAGGAUAAUGAUCUCUACGAGGAUAUGCAGAUUUCACCUGUGAAUAUUUGUGCUCCUCAACUUCCUCCGGUGGUGAAGGAAAGCCCAAUGAUAUCGACACGUCCCAGUGAAGAAGACAUUGAUGCUCUCUAUGCCAAAGUGAACAAGCUAAAGAUGGACAAAAUUCGAGAUAAGCGAAGUGAGCCCGAGGGUUUGGGUACAAAUAUGGACAAAAUCUUACCCAUCCUUCUAUCCCCAACAGCAAAAGAAAGCCCGACAAAAGUGGGAGAAACUCCUGCUGUGAAGGAGUCUGGCUCAGAACCUAGGGCUGAGGUGGUUUCAGACUCGGAAGAUGAAGAUGAUGAAGAGAUUUUUCUUUCUGCUCACGACUUGUAUCAGCCAAAUAUCGUCGGGUUAAAAGAAGAGUCUCAGUUUUCAAGCACUGAUAAUACCAUAAGUGGUAGCCCAAAGCAUUCUUUCAAAACAUCCCCCGAGGAAUUAAGAUCUACUUACUCUGAUGCUGUGCAUUCCGAGUCAAAGACUUUCUUAUCUUCAUUCAAACCUGCACAAGCACCAGAAACUCCGUGCAAUACUUCUUCUGAUAUCAGUCAUCCUGAGCUGUCUAGCUCUACUGGAGCGGUGAUUCCCAAGAGGUCGUCUCCUGCAACUUCUGUCAAGUCUUUCAGAUCCUCAGAGGAAGUACCAGCAGACGCCUCUCCACCGUCCACCUCUGCUUUCAACCCUCAGCACCGACACCCAGUCCGGCAUGCCCCACAGCCUCUCUCACCCCGCCAGCCUCAGCAAAGUCAGAGACAGAAGCUUCCUCACCGACUGCCCCCGCCUCCCCCGCCCACACCAGUAAUGAAACAUAAUGUUACAGAGGCACUGAGCCAAAUGGAAACCCAACAAAAUCCGCCUCCCCCGCCAACCCCGCCUCCUCCCCCUCCUCCCCCUCAAAGGACACAAAGGCCCUCACCUCCUCCUAUUCAAUAUCCUUCAUCCUCCCCACCACCUCUUCCUCCCCCUCGAUCUUCUCCCUCCCCCUCCCUCACUUCUCAAUCAACCUCAUCAACAGGUUCACUGCAGUCUUACAAGCCUCCGAUAACGCCACGCAAUUCUCUCACCAAGAAGUCAAAGGUACUGCAAAGUUUCCAGCCUCUUCCUCCUCCUCCUGUUCAGUCAAACCAGCAAACAUUUCAUGAACCAGACUCACACGACAAGGAGAACGAUAUUGACGACUCUGUCCUGUCUGGACACAUUCAGUACCCAGAGAUGUACAAGAGGAAACCUCCAUCCCCCAACCAGACCCACUUAUAUUCAACAAGUCCAGUAGACAUGGCCUCAGCCACCAGCAAGCUUUCUACGCAAAGAAGCAUCAUUAUAACGUAUUUAUGA